AUGGUUAGCAAGACCAAAGAACUAUUGGCAAGACUGCCAGAGCUGUAUGAAAAAUAUCUUAAAACGUGGGAUGGCGAAGAACCUUGGAAAAAUAUAGAGAAGAAACAGAAGAAGCUUGUCGCUAAGUACAAGAAGGAGUUCAUAGUUUUGAACGUUGCGAAGGAAAUGGUGGAAAGAGCUGAGCACGAGUUUAAGAACUGA